CCCGCCAUAUCUGUCUCCUUCCUUCCGCCCUCCCCACCCCUCCAAAGAAUUUGCAGCAGCAGUAGGCUAGCACGUCCACCCCACCUCUCCCCAUUUACCGGUGGGGUCCCGCCGCCAGCUGCUGGAGCCGCCGGCAUUGUGCUUUCCGAAGGCCGGUCGGUUUGGAUCACGACGGACGGGAUGGCGUCGCCGGGUGGCGGGUACUCGGAUCGGCCGCCGGCCCUGGACGGGAUCACCGUGGAAGGAGCGAGCGGCAGGCCGCCGCUGCCGCGGCCGCCGGGGUUCGCGCGCGGGCUGCUGAAGCAGCCGUCGCGGCUGGCGUCCGGGGUGCGGCAGUUCGCGUCCAAGGUGUCGAUGAAGGUGCCGGAAGGGGUGGCCGGCCCAUGGGGCGCGGGCCGGAACAUGACGCGGAUGCAGUCCAGCGCGCAGAUGGGCCUCCGCGGGCUGCGCUUCCUCGACAAGACCUCCGGCGGCAAGGAAGGGUGGAAGGCCGUCGAGCGCCGCUUCGAGGAGAUGAACAAGGCCGGCCGCAUCCCCAAGGAGAGCUUCGGCAAGUGCAUCGGCAUGGGGGACUCCAAGGAGUUCGCCGGCGAGCUGUUCGUGACGCUGUCGAGGCGGAGGCACAUCGAGCCGGAGGAGGGCAUCAACAAGGAGCAGCUCAAGGAAUUCUGGGAGGAGAUGACCGACCAGAACUUCGACUCGAGGCUGCGCAUUUUCUUUGACAUGUGCGACAAGAACGGCGACGGGAUGCUCACAGAAGAUGAGGUCAAAGAGGUUAUUAUAUUGAGCGCGUCGGCGAACAAGCUGGCCAAGCUCAAGGGCCACGCGGCGACCUACGCGUCUCUGAUCAUGGAGGAGCUCGACCCCGACGACCGCGGCUACAUCGAGAUUUGGCAGCUGGAGACGCUGCUGCGUGGGAUGGUGAGCGCGCAGGCGCCGGAGGCGAAGCUGAAGCGGACGACGUCGAGCCUGGCGAGGACGAUGAUCCCGUCGCGGUACCGGAGCCCGCUGAAGCGUCACGUGUCCCGGACGGUGGACUUCGUCCACGAGAACUGGAAGCGGAUAUGGCUCGUCACGCUGUGGCUGGCCGUCAACCUGGCCCUGUUCGUGUACAAGUUCGAGCAGUACAAGCGGCGGUCCUCGUUCCAGGUGAUGGGCUACUGCGUGUGCAUCGCCAAGGGCGCCGCCGAGACGCUCAAGCUCAACAUGGCGCUCAUCCUCCUCCCGGUGUGCCGGAACACGCUCACCACGCUCCGCUCCACCGCACUCAGCCGGGUCAUCCCCUUCGACGACAACAUCAACUUCCACAAGGUCCUCGCGGGCGCCAUCGCCGUCGCCACGACGGUCCACACGCUCGCCCACGUUACCUGCGACUUCCCCAGGCUGGUCUCCUGCCCGAGUGACAAGUUCAUGGCCACCUUGGGGCCCAACUUCAGCUUCAGGCAGCCGACGUACCCGGACCUGCUGGCCAGCGCGCCGGGGGUCACCGGCAUCCUCAUGAUCAUCAUCAUGUCCUUCUCCUUCACUCUGGCCAUGCACUCCUUCAGGCGGAGCGUCGUCAAGCUGCCGUCGCCGCUGCACCACUUGGCUGGCUUCAACGCCUUCUGGUACGCGCACCACUUGCUGGUACUCGCCUAUGUCCUCCUCGUGGUGCAUUCCUACUUCAUGUUCCUCACCAGGGUGUGGUACAAGAAGACGACAUGGAUGUACCUGAUAGUCCCUGUACUCUUCUAUGCCUGCGAGAGAAUCAUCAGAAAAGUUCGCGAGAACAACUACCGUGUGAGCAUUCUCAAGGCUGCAAUUUAUCCAGGAAAUGUGCUCUCUCUGCACAUGAAGAAGCCACCGGGUUUCAAGUACAAGAGCGGGAUGUACCUGUUUGUGAAAUGCCCUGACGUCUCACCAUUCGAAUGGCAUCCGUUCUCCAUCACUUCUGCGCCUGGAGAUGACUACCUGAGCGUGCAUAUCCGUACGCUAGGUGACUGGACGUCUGAACUCAGAAACUUGUUCGGAAAGUGUUGCCAAGCACAAGUUACUUCCAAGAAGGCUACCCUUUCAAGACUGGAAACUACAGUAGUUGCAGACUCUCAGACAGAGGAUACUAGGUUUCCUAAGGUCUUUAUUGAUGGCCCUUAUGGUGCACCCGCACAAAAUUACAAGAAAUAUGACAUUCUUUUGCUUAUCGGUCUUGGAAUCGGUGCCACUCCUUUCAUUAGCAUACUGAAAGAUCUCUUGAACAACAUAAAGUCCAACGAAGAGGUAGAAAGCAUACACGGUUCUGAGAUAGGCAGCUUCAAGAACACUGGACCAGGGAGAGCUUACUUCUACUGGGUCACCAGGGAGCAAGGAUCAUUCGACUGGUUCAAAGGAGUCAUGAACGAUGUUGCUGACAGCGAUCACACUAAUGUCAUCGAGAUGCACAAUUACCUCACCAGCGUGUAUGAAGAAGGUGACGCAAGGUCAGCACUGAUUGCCAUGGUUCAGUCACUCCAACAUGCCAAAAAUGGUGUGGAUAUCGUCUCUGGAAGCAAGAUUCGGACACAUUUUGCAAGACCGAACUGGAGAAAGGUGUUCUCUGAUUUGGCCAAUGCCCACAAGAACUCUCGUAUUGGUGUUUUUUACUGUGGGUCUCCAACGCUCACGAAACAACUCAAGGAUCUUUCAAAAGAAUUCAGUCAGACGACCACAACUAGGUUCCAUUUCCACAAGGAAAACUUCUAAUACGUACCAGAAGAAUUUUAAACAGUCCACAGAUAUACUUGUAUAGGAAAAGUACAAUAGCAUCCGGAUAGAAAAUAUAGCAUUACAGGUUUUGUUUUAUGCUGGGUUGUACAAAGUAUGUUGAAAGCUAGUGUCGGCAGCAUACAUAGACCAGAAUAUAUUAGAGAACUCUAUAUUGAAACAGUGAGAUUGGUUGUUAAAAUUAUUGAGUUCCGAGU